GCGGUCGACGCGCCCGUCCCGGCGCAAAUCCGCCCGCUGUUGCCACCUUUCGAGGACCCCGAGGCGAACCUGAGCGCGCCGCUGGCGCCGGUCGCGCCCGCAUUUGCGCUCGAGAUGCGGAUCGCGCCGCCGCUCGCCGCGGUGCCCUCGCCGGUCCUGGCCAGGACCGACCCUCCGCUCGUCGCCGCGCUCCCGCCGGAGGCCAGCUGCGUCGACCCGCCGCCCCCGCUCGUCCCGCUCCCGACGCUCACCGUCGCCGCUCCGCCGCGGCCGGCGGUGCCCGAUCCCGAGCCCAGCAGCACCGCGCCAGAGUUGCCGGUCUGCGACGUUCCGGAGCUAAAGACCAGGCGCCCGCUCGACCCGGCGCCUCCGGCGUUCCCGCUCGCCACGCGCACGGCGCCGCCGCUCGCCGCGCUGCCCUCGCCGCCCGUCGCCGCGCAGGCGCCUCCGGUCGCCGCGGUGCUCGCGCCACCGCGCGCGCAGACGGCGCCGCCCGCGCCGCUGGUGCCGCUGCCGACCGCCGCCGAGACCGCGCCGCCCCUCCCGCCGGUCGCGCCGCCAGAGCCAAAGCUCGCGGCCCCGCUGUUCCCGGACUUGGACGUCCCCGAGGUAAACACCAGGCGCCCGCUGCCUCCGCUCGCGCCGCCUUUCGCGCUCGCCACCUCCACGGCGCCGCUCGACGCCGCUGUUCCCUCUCCUCCCAGGGCGACUGCGCGUCCUCCGGUCCCCUUUGCCCCGGCCCCGACCGCGUCGCGGCCCGCGACGAGGGCCAGGCCACCUCCGGCCCCGGACGUCCCGCUGCCAGCGGUCGCAACCGCGCGACCGCCGCUGACCCGCCGUCGCCGUUCGGAGCCCAGGACCGCGCCGCCGCUGUUGCCCGUCGCGCCGGUGCCCGAGCUGAACGCCAGACGUCCGCUACUACCGCCGCCGCCAGCGUUCGCGCCGCGCGACGCGCACGACGCCGCUGCUCGUCCCGGCUCCGCGGCCCGAGGCCCACGCCAGCGCCGCCGCCGAUCGCUUCCGUGCUGGACCCGGCUUGCAACACAAGGACGCCGCCGGCAGAGAGCUCGUCCGCUCCCGAUCACGACUCGCACCGCGCCGCCGCGACCCGCGGUCGGCGCGCCCGUCCCGGCGCAAAUCCGCCCGCUGUUGCCACCUUUCGAGGACCCCGAGGCGAACCUGAGCGCGCCGCUGGCGCCGGUCGCGCCCGCAUUUGCGCUCGAGAUGCGGAUCGCGCCGCCGCUCGCCGCGGUGCCCUCGCCGGUCCUGGCCCGGACCGACCCUCCGCUCGUCGCCGCGCGCCCGCCGGAGGCCAGCUGCGUCGACCCGCCGCCCCCGCUCGUCCCGCUCCCGACGCUCACCGUCGCCGCUCCGCCGCGGCCGGCGGUGCCCGAUCCGAGCCCAGCAGCACCGCGCCAGAGUUGCCGGUCUGCGCGUUCGGAGCUAAAGACCAGGCGCCCGCUCGACCCGGCGCCUCCGGCGUUCCCGCUCGCCACGCGCACGGCGCCGCCGCUCGCCGCGCUGCCCUCGCCGCCCGUCGCCGCGCAGGCGCCUCCGGUCGCCCGCGGUGCUCGCGCCGCCGCGCGCGCAGACGGCGCCGCCCGCGCCGCUGGUGCCGCUGCCGACCGCCGCCGAGACCGCGCCGCCCCUCCCGCCGGUCGCGCCGCCAGAGCCAAAGCUCGCGGCCCCGCUGUUCCCGGACUUGGGCGUCCCCGAGGUAAACACCAGGCGCCCGCUGCCUCCGCUCGCGCCGCCUUUCGCGCUCGUCACCUCCACGGCGCCGCUCGACGCCGCUGUUCCCUCUCCUCCCAGGGCGACUGCGCGUCCUCCGGUCCCCUUUGCCCGGCCCGACCGCGUCGCGCCCGCCCGCGACGAGGGCCAGGCCACCUCCGGCCCCGGACGUCCCGCUGCCCGCGGUCGCAACCGCGCGACCGCCGCGGCCCGCCGUCGCCGUUCGGAGCCCAGGACCGCGCCGCCGCUGUUGCCCGUCGCGCCGGUGCCCGAGCUGAACGCCAGACGUCCGCUACUACCGCCGCCGCCAGCGUUCGCGCGCGCGCACGCGCACGACGCCGCUGCUCGUCCCGGCUCCGCGGCCCGAGGCCACGCCGCGCCGCCGCCGGUCGCUUCCGUGCUGGACCCGGCUUGCAACACAAGGGACGCCGCCGGCAGAGCUCGUCCGCUCCCGAUCACGACUCGCACCGCGCCGCCGCGACCCGCGGUCGACGCGCCCGUCCCGGCGCAAAUCCGCCCGCUGUUGCCACCUUUCGAGGACCCCGAGGCGAACCUGAGCGCGCCGCUGGCGCCGGUCGCGCCCGCAUUUGCGCUCGAGAUGCGGAUCGCGCCGCCGCUCGCCGCGGUGCCCUCGCCGAUCCUGGCCAGGACCGACCCUCCGCUCGUCGCCGCGCUCCCGCCGGAGGCCAGCUGCGUCGACCCGCCGCCCCCGCUCGUCCCGCUCCCGACGCUCACCGUCGCCGCUCCGCCGCGGCCGGCGGUGCCCGAUCCCGAGCCCAGCAGCACCGCGCCAGAGUUGCCGGUCUGCGACGUUCCGGAGCUAAAGACCAGGCGCCCGCUCGACCCGGCGCCUCCGGCGUUCCCGCUCGCCACGCGCACGGCGCCGCCGCUCGCCGCGCCGCCCUCGCCGCCCGUCGCCGCGCAGGCGCCUCCGGUCGCCGCGGUGCUUGCGCCACCGCGCGCGCAGACGGCGCCGCCCGCGCCGCUGGUGCCGCUGCCGACCGCCGCCGAGACCGCGCCGCCCCUCCCGCCGGUCGCGCGGCCAGAGCCAAAGCCCGCGGCCCCGCUGUUCCCGGACUUGGACGUUCCCGAGGUAAACACCAGGCGCCCGCUGCCUCCGCUCGCGCCGCCUUUCGCGCUCGUCACCUCCACGGCGCCGCUCGACGCCGCUGUUCCCUCUCCUCCCAGGGCGACUGCGCGUCCUCCGGUCCCCUUUGCCCCGGCCCCGACCGCGUCGCGGCCCGCGACGAGGGCCAGGCCACCUCCGGCCCCGGACGUCCCGCUGCCCGCGGUCGCAACCGCGCGACCGCCGCGGCCCGCCGUCGCCGUUCCGGAGCCCAGGACCGCGCCGCCGCUGUUGCCCGUCGCGCCGGUGCCCGAGCUGAACGCCAGACGUCCGCUACUACCGCCGCCGCCAGCGUUCGCGCGCGCGCGACGCGACGACGCCGCUGCUCGUCCCGGCUCCGCGGCCCGAGGCCACGCCCGCGCCGCCGCCGGUCGCUUCCGUGCUGGACCCGGCUUGCAACACAAGGACGCCGCCGGCGAGCUCGUCCGCUCCCGAUCACGACUCGCACCGCGCCGCGACCCGCGGUCGACGCGCCCGUCCCGGCGCAAAUCCGCCCGCUGUUGCCACCCUUCGAGGACCCCGAGGCGAACCUGAGCGCGCCGCUGGCGCCGGUCGCGCCCGCAUUUGCGCUCGAGAUGCGGAUCGCGCCGCCGCGCUCGCCGCGGUGCCCUCGCCGGUCCUGGCCAGGACCGACCCUCCGCUCGUCGCCGCGCUCCCGCCGGAGGCCAGCUGCGUCGACCCGCCGCCCCCGCUCGUCCCGCUCCCGACGCUCACCGUCGCCGCUCCGCCGCGGCCGGCGGUGCCUGAUCCGAGCCCAGCAGCACCGCGCCAGAGUUGCCGGUCUGCGACGUUCCGGAGCUGAAGACCAGGCGCCCGCUCGACCCGGCGCCUCCGGCGUUCCCGCUCGCCACGCGCACGGCGCCGCCGCUCGCCGCGCUGCCCUCGCCGCCCGUCGCCGCGCAGGCGCCUCCGGUCGCCGCGGUGCUCGCGCCACCGCGCGCGCAGACGGCGCCGCCCGCGCCGCUGGUGCCGCUGCCGACCGCCGCCGAGACCGCGCCGCCCCUCCCGCCGGUCGCGCGGCCAGAGCCAAAGCUCGCGGCCCCGCUGUUCCCGGACUUGGACGUCCCCGAGGUAAACACCAGGCGCCCGCUGCCUCCGCUCGCGCCGCCUUUCGCGCUCGUCACCUCCACGGCGCCGCUCGACGCCGCUGUUCCCUCUCCACCCAGGGCGACUGCGCGUCCUCCGGUCCCCUUUGCCCCGGCCCCGACCGCGUCGCGCCCGCGACGAGGGCCAGGCCACCUCCGGCCCCGGACGUCCCGCUGCCCGCGGUCGCAACCGCGCGACCGCCGCUGACCCGCCGUCGCCGUUCGGAGCCCAGGACCGCGCCGCCGCUGUUGCCCGUCGCGCCGGUGCCCGAGCUGAACGCCAGACGUCCGCUACUACCGCCGCCGCCAGCGUUCGCGCGCGCGCGCGCACGCGCACGACGCCGCUGCUCGUCCCGGCUCCGCGGCCCGAGGCCACGCCAGCGCCGCCGCCGAUCGCUUCCGUGCUGGACCCGGCUUGCAACACAAGGACGCCGCCGGCGAGCUCGUCCGCUCCCGAUCACGACUCGCACCGCGCCGCGCGACCAGCGGUCGACGCGCCCGUCCCGGCGCAAAUCCGCCCGCUGUUGCCACCUUUCGAGGACCCCGAGGCAAACCUGAGCGCGCCGCUGGCGCCGGUCGCGCCCGCAUUUGCGCUCGAGAUGCGGAUCGCGCCGCUGCCGCCGCCGCGGUGCCCUCGCCGGUCCUGGCCAGGACCGACCCUCCGCUCGUCGCCGCGCUCCCGCCGGAGGCCAGCUGCGUCGACCCGCCGCCCCCGCUCGUCCCGCUCCCGACGCUCACCGUCGCCGCUCCGCCGCGGCCGGCGGUGCCCGAUCCCGAGCCCAGCAGCACCGCGCCAGAGUUGCCGGUCUGCGACGUUCGGAGCUGAAGACCAGGCGCCCGCUCGACCCGGCGCCUCCGGCGUUCCCGCUCGCCACGCGCACGGCGCCGCCGCUCGCCGCGCUGCCCUCGCCGCCCGUCGCCGCGCAGGCGCCUCCGGUCGCCGCGGUGCUCGCGCCACCGCGCGCGCAGACGGCGCCGCCCGCGCCGCUGGUGCCGCUGCCGACCGCCGCCGAGACCGCGCCGCCCCUCCCGCCGGUCGCGCCGCCAGAGCCAAAGCUCGCGGCCCCGCUGUUCCCGGACUUUGGCGUCCCGAGGUAAACACCAGGCGCCCGCUGCCUCGCUCGCGCCGCCUUUCGCGCUCGCCACCUCCACGGCGCCGCUCGACGCCGCUGUUCCCUCUCCUCCCAGGGCGACUGCGCGUCCUCCGGUCCCCUUUGCCCCGGCCCCGACCGCGUCGCGCCCGCGACGAGGGCCAGGCCACCUCCGGCCCCGGACGUCCCGCUGCCGCGGUCGCAACAGCGCGACCGCCGCGGCCCGCCGUCGCCGUUCGGAGCCCAGGACCGCGCCGCCGCUGUUGCCCGUCGCGCCGGUGCCCGAGCUGAACGCCAGACGUCCGCUACUACCGCCGCCGCCAGCGUUCGCGCCGCGCACGCGCACGACGCCGCUGCUCGUCCCGGCUCCGCGGCCCGAGGCCACGCCCGCGCCGCCGCCGGUCGCUUCCGUGCUGGACCCGGCUUGCAACACAAGGACGCCGCCGGCAGAGCUCGUCCCGCUCCCGAUCACGACUCGCACCGCGCCGCCGCGACCCGCGGUCGACGCGCCCGUCCCGGCGCAAAUCCGCCCGCUGUUGCCACCCUUCGAGGACCCCGAGGCGAACCUGAGCGCGCCGCUGGCGCCGGUCGCGCCCGCAUUUGCGCUCGAGAUGCGGAUCGCGCCGCCGCUCGCCGCGGUGCCCUCGCCGGUCCUGGCCAGGACCGACCCUCCGCUCGUCGCCGCGCUCCCGCCGGAGGCCAGCUGCGUCGACCCGCCGCCCCCGCUCGUCCCGCUCCCGACGCUCACCGUCGCCGCUCCGCCGCGGCCGGCGGUGCCUGAUCCCGAGCCCAGCAGCACCGCGCCAGAGUUGCCGGUCUGCGACGUUCCGGAGCUGAAGACCAGGCGCCCGCUCGACCCGGCGCCUCCGGCGUUCCCGCUCGCCACGCGCACGGCGCCGCCGCUCGCCGCGCUGCCCUCGCCGCCCGUCGCCGCGCAGGCGCCUCCGGUCGCCGCGGUGCUCGCGCCACCCGCGCGCGCAGACGGCGCCGCCCGCGCCUGCUGGUGCCGCUGCCGACCGCCGCCGAGACCGCGCCGCCCCUCCCGCCGGUCGCGCCGCCAGAGCCAAAGCUCGCGGCCCCGCUGUUCCCGGACUUGGACGUCCCCGAGGUAAACACCAGGCGCCCGCUGCCUCCGCUCGCGCCGCCUUUCGCGCUCGCCACCUCCACGGCGCCGCUCGACGCCGCUGUUCCCUCUCCUCCCAGGGCGACUGCGCGUCCUCCGGUCCCCUUUGCCCCGGCCCCGACCGCGUCGCGGCCCGCGACGAGGGCCAGGCCACCUCCGGCCCCGGACGUCCCGCUGCCCGCGGUCGCAACCGCGCGACCGCCGCGGCCCGCCGUCGCCGUUCCGGAGCCCAGGACCGCGCCGCCGCUGUUGCCCGUCGCGCCGGUGCCCGAGCUGAACGCCAGACGUCCGCUACUACCGCCGCCGCCAGCGUUCGCGCCGCGCACGCGCACGACGCCGCUGCUCGUCCCGGCUCCGCGGCCCGAGGCCACGCCCGCGCCGCCGCCGGUCGCUUCCGUGCUGGACCCGGCUUGCAACACAAGGACGCCGCCGGCAGAGCUCGUCCCGCUCCCGAUCACGACUCGCACCGCGCCGCCGCGACCCGCGGUCGACGCGCCCGUCCCGGCGCAAAUCCGCCCGCUGUUGCCACCUUUCGAGGACCCCGAGGCGAACCUGAGCGCGCCGCUGGCGCCGGUCGCGCCCGCAUUUGCGCUCGAGAUGCGGAUCGCGCCGCCGCUCGCCGCGGUGCCCUCGCCGGUCCUGGCCAGGACCGACCCUCCGCUCGUCGCCGCGCUCCCGCCGGAGGCCAGCUGCGUCGACCCGCCGCCCCCGCUCGUCCCGCUCCCGACGCUCACCGUCGCCGCUCCGCCGCGGCCGGCGGUGCCCGAUCCCGAGCCCAGCAGCACCGCGCCAGAGUUGCCGGUCUGCGACGUUCCGGAGCUGAAGACCAGGCGCCCGCUCGACCCGGCACCUCCGGCGUUCCCGCUCGCCACGCGCACGGCGCCGCCGCUCGCCGCGCUGCCCUCGCCGCCCGUCGCCGCGCAGGCGCCUCCGGUCGCC